AGAUCAACGUUCUCGCAACUUUUGAGUUUUUUCUUUUCCACCCACCCACCCCCGCGGUUGCCCACCACGACAGGGAUCCUUGGGUUUGACCAAUUCAAUUACCCUUGUUUGCCACUUCGUGCGUAGUGCUACCGAGUAGAAAGAAAAACCCACAUCAUUUAAGUUUUUCUUUUUAGCUUUCUUUAGGCAGCAGUUUAAUCGCAAGUUGAUUUUAAGUUUGUUCAGGAGAGUUUUUCGUCAAGGAUGGCCUUGAUUCCGCGCGGACAGUGGGGGGUGAUGGAGCAACACCUCGCCAAUAGCCCCUUGCUGCAAGAAGGACCCGUCGCGGUCCGGAUCUUUCGCCAGACGGCGGACGGGACAGGUCCCAAUGCUAUGCCAGGUCGGCAUGUGCAGCGGUCGGUUGAUGCUUUUCGAUGGCACGACCAACACGACCGUGAUGUGGAGCAGCUGCGAACUGCCCUUCACGCAGGUGGAGUUUGUGGCCCCGGAGGUUCAGCAGCGCAUGGGCGAGCUGUACCAGAUCAUGAGAAAUCAGGGGGGACGAUUGCAAUCCCUCGAGCAGCAGCAGGGUAUGAACGCGAACGCUAUCACGUCCGCACUUUCAUCCCUGCAGGUGAACACCACCUCAGCCUUGGAAAGGCAUGCGUCGGCUGCGGCUUCGGCUGUUUCAGCGUCGCUGGCGUUCAGCGCAGGAAGGGACGCCGAUAUCGUCACGCAGUUACAGGCUGUGACGUCGCGGCUGGAGUUUGAGCGAAAGUUGGCUCUGCGUGAGCGUGAGAGAGUUGCUCAGGUUGAGCUCCGACUGAGUCGGAUGGUGCAGUCGGCGGGCAGGGACUCCCCUGAACUCCUCAGCCUGCGCAGUGAGGUGGCUCGUCUGGCGGAGACGGUGCGGACCUUGCAGGACGAGUUAUCCCGUGCUCGGGACGCCGCGGCGGCCGAUAGAUUGGCGCGCGACGUGGAAGUGGCGCGUCUGAAGGAACAGAGCGUGCACGCGGAGAAGCGCUUCGAGGAGCGCCUGAACGACGUCAAGGAGGCACAGAAACAGUAUCCAGAUCAGAUGGAUCGAAUUGAGCGCCUCCUCACCACCACCGCGACGGCGGGAUCCGACGAUGAAGGAGACGGCGCUACGACGCUUCAGUGGAGCAGGGAUGUCACCGCGCGCCUGGUCAAGGUGCAGGAGGCUGUGACACAGACAGACCAGAACCUUUCGACCUUAAAAGAUCAAUAUACGAAGUUUGCCUUUCAUUUUGGCACAAAGACGUCGAUUAUCGAACAAGACAUGAAGCUGCUCGAAAAACGGGUUCUGAACGACUUUGAUGAGAUGCGGCAGUUGCUGGCCAAGACUCAACCUGGGAAGACCCAUUUGUCGCGUCCUGCAGCUGCUGAGGACGGACUCCACUCGGUGCGGAUCACCCCGCCCUCUCCGAAGCACACGACGGCCGACGCGACGGAGAACAGUGAUGAAGAAGAUGUCUUUGACGUGACGGGCGUGCGUACGUGGCGCAGCGCGCUUGAGGGCCUCACGUGGACUGAGGUAGACAUUGCCCUCCGUAAGCUGUUCUUCGAUGGGCAGCUUAACGCCCCAACCGCCGAGGCGCAAGGGUGUUACUCCUCUCUUCUGGACUGGGUUCAGAGUGCCCAGCAGGUGCCCAGCCUGUUUGAGUAUCAGGCCGGGCAGGGUAAUGAUCACGUUUCGCGGCUGACGGUGGCGUUGAAGUCGAACGCAUUCCCGGAGCUGACGUACGCGAAACUGGCGACGGCCCGGCGGGACAGAGACACCGGCAUAGAUGCCCUGAUGGGUCUCAUCAAGACCAUUGCGCCCGCGAAGAAGAGCGGCGUGAAAAAGGGGAGGUGCUGCUUUAAUUGCGGAUCUUCGCAGCAUUUGGCAGCCCAGUGCCCGGCUAGGGGACCGCGUUCCUUUUCAGGUUCGCGGAAGGUUGCACGAGCGUACAGCGCAAAACGUUCUACACCGGCCGACACGUCAAAAAACCAGUCCAGGGGGACCAGGUGA